ACCCACUGACUCAUCUGAACUGUCGACAAGUUUCGGCUUAGGCCUUUUGGGGCCGUCGUGUCACAAAUGUUUGACCGGGUACAGGCUACAGUUGGUACGAAUGUCAGCUAACGGAAUAUAGCUACAGAAACUAGUCCUUUUGCAGACGUCGUCCAGGAUGUUCAUAGGCGCAAAGACAGGCAUGAUUACCUGUUACAGAUUAUACUACAAUGUCCAGGCGGAGGGGAGACUAUGCACCAUAUCCGUUAAAUAUGCUAAUUUCGUGGCUUAUUGUGGUACUCGCUCUGCUUCAUAAAGUGAACACACAAGCAGACUGCGAUGCAUCUGAGAGGCCGGUAUUAAAAUGUUACUUUCCCAGAAAUGUGAAUGCCACGCAAACAGAUUUUUCAGUUUAUUUUCAGUUCGAUAAUGGUUAUGAAGAGCUGCUGGUUGACUGCAUUUGGCUGAAUCACUGGUUUCAAUGCCUCAAGCAGGAAGGCUUUAAUAUCACGCAGCAGGUUUCGACAACUGCUGAAAUCAGUUUGCCAACACGAUUUAAAAGCGCUAAUGGAACAUACAGAUGUAAUCUUGAGGGUCUCGAACAUAAACUAGGAAAUCCCUGUCGAUCUGGUGAAAAGCGACAAGACAAGCAAGUAGAGACCCAGACAAAUCAGUUUAACGGAACCAUCCCCGAAAAUCAUCCUAAUGACAAAGGUUCACCUGUACCUGUACAUAUAGUGGUGCUACCUCUCUUCGCUGGUUUGACUGUGAUUGCAGUAGCUGUUACUGUUCUAUAUAAGCGAAAACAAUUGUCAAAACCAGAAGUGAAAAUACCAUGGGAGCAUGUCAACGCCUAAUUUUCAAAAUGUUUUGAUCUUGUGGAUACGUGUAAAGAUAGAUUAGCACGAUGUUAUUCAGUUAACACAAAAUGAAGAGAUUCGCAAUGCGUUAGCAGCCGGCAAUAGUCGGCUUUACGGUCAGGAAAGGUUUUAAGUAAAAUGAAAUAUGGCAACCUGAUUUGGUGAAUUUGAUUGUUCGACAAUUCAAAACCAAAUCAAACCAUAUUUGGAGUAACAAAUUCUUAAGGUUUUUUUUUUUCGUUACUACAAGAAGACUUGCGGCCUUAUGGUUCACUGGUGGCGUAAAAUAAUAAUAAUAAUAAGAAACUACAAGAAGAAAACUGUUAUCUUUUACCUAAAGGCAACUCCUACUUUGUUUACCUGUGAUGUUCUUUUAGUUUGUUUCAAAUACCGCAGACCUCCUUUCUCUGUUAUAUUUCGUACUUUUCUUUCACCCUCUACAGAGAAAAGAAAGAAAAAAACCAAAAAAAAAAAAAAAAAAAACCCAAAAAAAACAAAAAAAAAA